CAGAAGCUGAUUACAACACCGUGGAUACACAGGUGGUGGUAGCGGUGGUCGGUAGUAUUCACCAGGAAGACCGUUACUAGAACAAACCAUGAAGAACGAAGGUAUAGAGGGGACAGAGAGGUUCGUGAGCCCGGACAGAGGCAGAGGUCUGCGGGCAGUGAGGCACUUCGCAGUGGGGGAGUUGGUGUUCGCCUGCCCAGCGUACUGCUACGUGUUGACAGUGAAUGAGAGAGGAGCGCACUGUGAGCACUGCUUCACCAGGAGAGAAGACCUUUCUAAAUGUGGAAAAUGUAAACAGGCAUACUACUGCAAUGUCGACUGUCAGAGAGGAGAUUGGCCCAUGCACAAGCUGGAAUGUGUGGCUAUGGUUGCUUAUGGAGAAAACUGGUGUCCAUCAGAGACGGUCAGACUCGUGGCUAGGAUCAUCAUGAAACAGAGAGUCACAACAGAGCGCACCCCGUCAGAGAGGCUGCUGCUGCUCAAAGAGUUUGAAGCACAUUUAGAUAAGAUGGACAGUGAGAAGGACGAGUUGAACCAGGCAGACAUUGCAGCGCUGCAUCACUUUUACUCCAAACACAUCAGCAACAUCCCAAACGACCAGGCUCUCACCGAGCUCUUUGCACAGGUUAACUGUAACGGCUUUACUAUUGAGGAUGAGGAGCUCUCUCAUCUCGGAUCAGCUGUUUUUCCUGAUGUAGCACUGAUGAACCACAGCUGUAACCCAAAUGUAAUAGUGACUUAUAAAGGCACAGUGGCUGAGGUCAGAGCUGUUCAAGAGAUAAACCCUGGAGACGAGGUGUGUGACAGUUACAUAGAUCUGCUCUAUCCAACAGAGGACAGGAGAGAGAGGUUGUUAGAUUCCUACUUCUUCAUGUGCCAGUGUACUGAAUGCACCACCAGCUCCAAGGACAAUGAAAAAAUGAAGAUCAGGAAGCUGAGUGCUCCACCAGAGCCAGAGGAAAUCCGAUCUAUGGUCCGUUAUGCCAAAAACGUUAUUGAAGAGUUCAGGAGAGCCAAACACUACAAAACCCCCAGUGAGCUGCUGGAGAUGUGUGAGCUCAGCCAGGAGAAGAUGGGAGCUAUUUUUGCAGAAACCAAUGUCUACAUGCUGCACAUGAUGUAUCAGGCCAUGGGUGUGUGUCUGUACAUGCAGGACUGGGACGGAGCUAUGAGAUAUGGAGAGAAGAUCAUUGGUCCAUACAGCGUUCACUACCCAGCCUACUCUCUCAAUGUGGCGUCUAUGUACCUCAAACUGGGACGGCUGUAUUUGGGUCUGGAGAAGAAGUUGCAAGGAGUCAAAGCUCUGAAAAAGGCGCUUGCUAUCAUGGAGGUGGCUCACGGUAAGGAUCACCAUUAUGUAGCUGAGGUCAAGCGAGAGAUCGAGGAUCAGAAAUAAAGGAGGAAUAACAGGAGGAGCAAAAACAUUAAAGAUGAAGCUGCUGGGUUGAGGAACCUUCUUAAAGCGACAACAAAAGAACUCACCACAGCUGCAUGCCAUGCAUCUUAUACCUCUGUGUUUGCCGUCACCCACUCUGCUGUUCUUCUUGCCUCUUCAGGCAUCUUUCUUUUUUUAUGUCCACUGUCAACAUAUUCUUGCUGAGGAAGACCAUGUUUAUAUUUGCACUCAGCUACAUCCUGUCAGACCUAAGAUGAAAGCAGACAAUUUGGAGCUGAAUUGUUUGGAAUGAAGGUCAUUCAACACAGUCAACACAAAUCAAAAAAGGAUCACAUCAGUAUAAAAGAACUUUGUUCCUGCCUUUAAAGCUGUCUUUGAAAUGAAACAAAGCUUUCACAUGACGGCUACAGAGCCUCUGUGUUCAGACUUUGCUGAGCUGUAAUAUUUCACAGUGUCCUGUAUACCCAUCCACACAUUGUUUAACCAGUGUUUGUCUUUGGCAGCUGUGCUGGCUGCACAGCUUUGCUCCCAGCUGUCAUUUAUUGAUUUUUACUUCUCUACAAAUUGGUGAGUAGUUGUUAGAGAGGGCAUUACUACCUUUCCACAGCUAUAAUGCAUUUUAACUCUACCAAAAAAAUCAACAGAAUUUCUAGCUUCAUAUGUUCCUGUUGAAACUGUGAAAACAUAAUGACUGACCAUGCAUCAGGUACUCUGUAGCAGUGGAGAAGAAAUGCAAACAACUAUUCCUGAAUGAAGGAGCAGUUUUUGGAUCAGCCUGUCUUACAGUAUGUUCUACUUCUUUAAAAGAACCAGAAAAGUUGUUGCACGUUUUAUUGUUUAUGUUGUGUUUGUAUUUUUUUUCAUGGGGCUUGUUGACCAAAAGGGCCACGGUUUAAAGGGGACAUAUUUUACCCUUUUAAGACAAGUUUAUAUUGGUCUCAAAUGUCCCCAAAACAUGCCUGUGAAGUUUGUUGCUGAAAAAACACUCCAGUAUUGGAUUUUUGCAUGUCUAA